CUCUUUAUCACAAACUCAAGGUGACAGCAAGGGGAGAUUCAAGGAGAAUUCACUUGCCAACCAGCCUUUGCUGACACAAACACUGAUGCAACCAUUGACAAUAACUGGACCAUCAAGACUCCCAGAUGGAAUUUCCAAAAACUUGGAAAAAUGUCCUUAUUCCACAAAUGAUGCUGCUGAGUACUUAUUAGCUAAAGCUGCGAUUUCCAAAAUCAACAGAGGCCUUGAUAGUCUUCCACCACUGCAACCACUACAUUUUGCUCCUCAUUGGGGAAAUCCGAUUAAUGUUUGCUCCGGCGAGAAACGUGAUGCGACAAUCACAUCAGUUCCAUCAAGUACCAUCACGAACCCCACAUUCAAAUCAUCAUCCAGCAGAACGAAACUGAUGGCUGUACAAGGACACAAUGGACAAAUCAAACCAUACUCGUAUUUUUCAUCAUCCCCGUCGAGAAUGUUGAUGAUUCGGCGUUUGUACGGGAUGUCGCACAAUGUUCGCAACAUCGGUAUUACAGAGCUGUGGCAGCGACAUCUGUACGACGAUGGCGACUGCUGCAUCUGCGGUUUUUCAGCCUGCGACUAUUUCAAGAAGGCCCAUUACUUCACCGGGAACUUUGGGGAGCCCCACUGCUCAAAAUUCACAGCUGACGCUGAUGACUGUUGCGCAUAUUAUUCAGCAAUUCGCGACGCAGAAAAUCAAGCUCCAACUGAUAAGACGUCCAAUAGACAAGCCAUGAUGAAAAUUCAAAUGAAGCUCUUGAUGCUCCGCCAACUCCCCAAGAGUUAUUCGCACUACGAUGCAGCCCACUGCGAAGUCAGCCACCCGUUGCAAAGAGGCCCUGUGCCCCAUCAACAGCACAUGAUCCCCAUGAUGGGGUUCCCUACUCAGCAUUUCCAGUGCUGGUCAUCUCCGAUGAUAGAGCAUCAAAUCCCAAUGAAUCCCGGGUUUUCAAGGCUGGAACCUUCUGAAACCUUCAGGUGCGGUUCAACCAAGCCACCCGGAGGACGAUCAUUUCCAACCACACGUUUCUUCAAUGCGCAAGAUAACGGCGAUUACGAGCGAUUCACGUGGGAGAACGUUUCCUCAGCGCAAAUGCACGAAAUCCUUCGUCAUCAGCAUCACGAGGAAUGUAGUGAUCCUGGGAUUCCCGCGUCCACCAACUUCAUGCCUCCAUUUGCAGAAAACUUUCGAUACUUUGACCCACGCUCUGCUGACUUGUUCGACGUGUCCUUCUCCAGCAUUAUUCCCGAAGACUACAGGACGGAGCAUUUUGCGUUUUUCCAUCCCUACGACAGCAUGCACGAUUAUCUGCAGCAGCAAGAGCAGAAUGAAAAUGACAUCGCUUUCUCUGCAGAAAUGAAAAAUUAGAAAACCAACUUUGCAUGGGCGAGUUUUCGAACAAACGAGACAUCAGCGUUUCGUAUAUAGACAAAUACUGCACGAUACGCAGGACAGGGUGGUACAGAAGAAAGCCCUGGAACAGUGUUCCCAAACCCGUUUUUCGGCACUCAAACCGAAGAAAAAAAAAGCCUAGACAUUAUUUUCUGGACUGGCGAAUUUCCACAACACUUCUCGCGUGCUGGCAGAGUUCCAUAACAUUCUUGCAGACCAGCAGAACUUUUUAAAAACAUGCUAGGAAGUUCUCCCACAUGAACUCCUAUUGCAAAAAUUAAGACAAGAAUCAUUGAAGCAGUUUCAUUGGAAUGUGUUCAAU